AUGGUGAACAUUACGGAGAAGAUCAAGGAGAUUGAGGAUGAGAUGAGAAAGACUCAGAAGUAUCAUCUGGGUCUCCUCAAGGGUAAACUUGCGCGUCUGAGAGCACAACUUCUGGAACCCGGCCCAGGAGCAGGAGGCGGCGGCGGAGCAGGGUUCGAUGUCAGUAAGAGUGGUGAUGCCAGAAUAGCCCUGGUGGGCUUCCCCUCAGUCGGUAAAUCGACAUUCUUAUCCAAGGUGACGCGGACGAAAUCCGAGGUGGCCUCGUACGCCUUCACAACACUCACAGCCAUCCCCGGUGUACUGGAAUACGGCGGCGCAGAGAUCCAGCUGCUCGAUCUGCCCGGUAUCAUCGAGGGCGCCUCCGAGGGCAAGGGUAGAGGAAGGCAGGUCAUUUCGGCCGCCAAGACGAGCGACAUGAUUCUGAUGGUACUGGACGCGACCAAGAAGGCAGAGCAGCGGGCGCAGCUCGAGGCUGAGUUGGAGGCUGUCGGUAUCCGUCUUAACAGAGAACCACCGAAUAUCUACCUCAAGGCGAAAAAGGCCGGCGGCAUGAAGAUCACGUUCCAGAACCCGCCCAAGAACAUGGACGAGAAGAUGGUCUUCAACAUCCUGCGCGACUACAAGAUCCUCAACUGCGAAGUGCUCGUGCGCGACGAGUACGCGACGGUAGACGACCUCAUCGACGUCAUCAUGAAGGACCACCGCAAGUACAUCAAGUGCCUAUACGUGUACAACAAGAUCGACAGCGUCUCGCUCGACUUCCUUGACAAGCUCGCGCGCGAGCCGCAGACGGUCGUCAUGAGUUGCGAGCUCGACCUCGGCAUUCAGGACGUCGUCGACCGCUGCUGGGAGGAGCUCAAGCUCAUCCGCAUCUACACGAAGCGCAAGGGAACCGACCCGGACUUCAGCGAGGCCCUCAUCGUGCGGAGCAACAGCACCAUCGAAGACGUCUGCGACCGUAUCCACAGGACGCUCAAGGAUACCUUCAAGUACGCUCUCGUAUGGGGAGCGAGCGCCAGGCACAUCCCGCAGAGAGUAGGACUCGGACACGUGGUAGCAGACGAGGACGUGGUCUACAUUGUGAGCGCAUGGAAGGCAUAA